CGCUUAAAGCGCGAGUGCGCGUGCGUGCUCAAUUGGAUGCGCGUUUGUAAUGAAACUUGCAGUUACAGUGGAACCCCCCCGUUUUGGAAAAGUGCACGCGAAUCCUUGUCGGCGCAAAGAAGACCUUAUAAAGAGGGCUAUUGAUGGCAGAAGCUGAACAAGGAGAUCUUUUGGUGGUGAAAGAAGAGUGUUGUCAGGAUGACCGGAUUGAGCAAGAAGACGAAGAGGAGAUGACCCACGCUGAUGUGCUGGACAUCUUUGAAGAAGGCCUUGCGAGGUUGGUCCAAGACCCUCUGCUAUGUGAUCUGCCCAUUCAGGUUACCUUAGAAGAAAUUAACUCACAGAUUGCCUUAGAGUAUGGACAGGCAAUUACAGUCCGAGUCUGCAAAGCUGAUGGAGAAGUUAUGCCAAUUGUAGUGGUGCAGAAUGCCACAGUUCUGGAUCUGAAGAAGGCAAUCCGGCGGUACGUGGAACUGAAACAGCAGCGGGAGGGAGGCAUCCAGUGUAUCGGCUGGAAGUAUGUGUGGCGGACUUUUCAUCUUGUUUUCCAGGGAGAGAAGCUUGAAGAUGACAAGAUGAAACUGAAAGACUAUGGGGUCAAAAACCGAGAUGAAAUUACUUUUCUGAAAAAGCUGAGGAAAAAGUGAACAUUGAUUCUUGCCUCCAUCCUCUACUGCAGUGGAUUCCAUGACCCCUGAUGACUGUUGCGUUUUUAAUCAUGGAGACCUUUAUCUGCUGCUCAGUGCAUUUUGGGAUGGAAAGUCGGCGACACCUCCUCGCAGACCCUCACUUUUUAGGACCUCGAUCCUUUUGGGGAAAUAAUACAAAACAUUUGCAGAUGAUCGAUAAUUCAAAAGAAAUGUGCACCCUUGUGUGAGUUUGGAGGGCCUUUUAGUUCCCAAACUCCCAAACUUCCCAUCUGGCCAUUCAGCACAUUAACCUUCUAUUGACUUGAUGUGACUGAGCAGACCACCGUACAGCCUUAGAAUUUGCAUUCCCAUGUCAAGUAGCGAGCGGUCAGUCUGGUAUCUUCCUGUCCGAGGUGAAGAGUUUCACUUCACCGUUCAGUGAUUAUCAGGACUCUGAUGUCCCUUCCAUUGACAUCACCAACAGUCCUCUCUGAACUUGGACACCCUUCCACGCUGAAGAGCUACUGUACGCAGUUCACGGUUUUAGAAACCUUUUAUUUUCAAUCAACAUUUGUGUUUCAGAAAUUUGGUUUGGUUACCACAAGGAUGCAGCCAUUUGAAAGGGGAGGAGAUUUAAAACCUGGUAGUGUGAAUUGUGUUGCUCUGCAGGGUUGACGUUGUCGGCUGUAGAGUCCUUUUUCCAGUGCUGUCGUUUUUGUCUUCCCGUUCAAUUCCUGUGGAUUCUUGUUUUUUUUUUUGUGUCCUGGAUUAUCUCCUGUUGAUGGGCAUGGACUGUCUGUUUUGGAUUCCGUGUCGACCUUUUGAAGAAAGGAGCGCUCCAUCAUUCGUCGUCAUCACGAAAUACCGGUAGGACUGUCUUUCCACUUGCAUCCAGCACGCUGGUCUCUGGACUGUCGGCCUCCAUUUGAUGCAUCGGUUGCCAUUUUCAUGGACGACUUCGUGUGUGGUUUUUGUUAGUGAUUUGUUAUUGAGUUCGCAUUUUAUUGUGUAUUGUUGUAAAGGGAAUUGGGGUGGGAUCAUUUAGUUUGUGUAGUUAUAUUUUGUUUUAUUGUUUUAAUACUGUCUUGAAUUUCUGUGUUAUUACCGGUUGCUUGCUUUUGUCUGUGAACGGAGUGUGUGAGAGUCGGGCCAAGGCCGGGUGCGUUCCGGAUAUCCCCACCAAAAAAAUAAAUAAAUCCUA